AGGGGGACGACUUUCAGAUGACAUUGACGCUAUGUAGAUGGGAGUUGAGAAUUGCGCUCCCCUCAACGUUUCUGGUUGUUGAUGUUAGACAGUUGCACAAGGCGAAGCGGCUGCUUCUCGUGUUGAUUCAGCCACCUCGUCAGCACCUAGCCGCUGGACAGCUCCCUGCAGCGGGAUACGUGCUCGCUCUCCUCUAAGACACUUUUGGCGCUUGUUCCAAGUCUUUUAAUGGAAAGACAAUAUCUUUAUGUUCCAAGUAAAACUGGAAGUUUACAACUUCAGGGGGAAUCUACGGAUACCUCGUUUCGAGAUUUGUGGCAGGCAGCACAUCGUCGGUGGCAGAGAGCACAGCUUUAUUGUUAACAGCAACUGACAAGCCGUGUCCCCAUUGCCAUCACCUGCUUCCAAGCUUCCAAACAUUUGGUUAAAAGGUUUUGGUCAAAAAUCGCGAAACUGCUGUCUGCGUGGACUGGUGCUGAAGCUCCCCGUCCCAAGGCCAGGACCACUACCAAAUCGAGAGACAUGGCGACGAACGGCACCAAAACAGAUGGACAAGUAACAGAACUUAACGAAGUGGCAACUAAUGUCAAACCCAAGUCACUGGACGUGAAAAGCGAAAAGACGAAAACGGAUCUUCCCGAAAGAGAAACAUGGGGAGGGAGAUUCGAUUUCCUUCUGUCGUGUGUAGGUUAUGCAAUUGGACUCGGAAACGUAUGGAGAUUUCCAUAUCUAUGUGGAAAAAACGGUGGAGGAGCCUUCUUGAUCCCCUAUUUUUUGACACUCAUAUUCGCUGGGAUGCCCCUGUUCCUGCUGGAGACCGCUCUUGGUCAGUACACCUCAAUUGGUGGGCUUGGAGUCUGGAAACUGGCUCCCGUGUUCAAAGGUGUUGGCCUUGCAGCAGCUGUCCUGUCCUUCUGGCUGAACAUUUAUUACAUUGUCAUCAUAGCCUGGGCCAUUUACUAUCUCUACAACUCCUUUACCACUGAUCUUCCAUGGAGCUCAUGUGGCAAUUCAUGGAACACAGACAAAUGUUACUCAAACUACAGUAUUGUUGAUAACACCAAUCUUACCAGUGCGGUGAUGGAGUUUUGGGAGCGCAACAUGCAUCAAAUGACCGAUGGCUUGGAAAAACCAGGGCAGAUCCGAGCGCCACUGGCAAUAACACUGGCCAUCGCUUGGGUCCUGGUGUACUUCUGUAUCUGGAAAGGGGUGAGCUGGACUGGCAAGGUUGUGUACUUCUCUGCCACGUACCCCUAUUUCAUGCUAUUCAUUCUGUUCUGCCGUGGAGUUACUUUACCUGGUGCUAUGGAUGGAAUUCUCUUCUAUAUCACCCCUAACUUUGAAAAACUCAAAGAAUCUGAGGUAUGGCUGGAUGCUGCCACUCAGAUAUUCUUCUCCUACGGUUUGGGACUGGGCUCACUGAUAGCUCUUGGCAGCUAUAACCCUUUUAAUAAUAAUGUUUACAGAGACUCUAUCAUAGUGUGCUGCAUCAACUCCUUCACCAGCAUGUUUGCUGGCUUUGUCAUCUUCUCUAUUGUGGGCUUCAUGGCGAACGUGACUAAGAGGCCUAUACAAGAAGUUGCAGCUUCAGGUCCAGGCCUGGCUUUCCUGGCCUACCCUGAGGCUGUGACCCAGCUGCCUGUCUCUCCUCUCUGGGCUAUCCUGUUCUUCUCCAUGCUGCUGAUGCUGGGGAUUGACAGUCAGUUCUGCACAGUGGAGGGCUUUAUCACAGCUCUGGUGGAUGAGUUUCCCAGGGCACUGAGGGGCAGGAGAGAGCUCUUCAUCGCUGCUGUCUGCCUGGUAUCGUACCUGAUCGGCCUGUCCAACAUCACACAGGGAGGCCUGUACGUGUUCAAGCUCUUCGACUACUACUCUGCCAGUGGGAUGUGUCUCCUCUUCCUGGUGUUCUUCGAGUGCAUCUCCAUAUCCUGGUUCUAUGGUGUGAACAAAUUCUAUGACAACAUCCAGGAGAUGAUUGGCUACAAGCCCUGUAUAUGGUGGAAGCUGUGCUGGGUCUGUUUCACCCCUCUCAUCGUGGCUGGGGUGUUUCUGUUCAGUGCAGUCCAAAUGGUUCCUCUCACCUUGAACAACUACGUGUUCCCUGCCUGGGGCCAGGGAGUGGGCUGGCUCAUGGCUCUGUCCUCCAUGGUCCUCAUCCCUGGAUACAUGGUCUACAUGUACUUCGGACUCAAGGGCACUUGGAAAGAGCGCCUGCGGAUAAUGUUCCAGCCUCCUGCAGUGGUCCGACGACCACAGGAGAAUGGACCUGAGACAGUGGUUGCCGAGACCAACAUAGCGAGUCCCUCUAACGCGGCCAACCCAACUAGUCCUUCCAACCCGGCUAGUCCUGCCAACCCAACUGCUGCAAGCCCGGUUGCUGCAGCCCCGACCAACCCAGCACCUCCAGCCGUUCCAGCUACUCUGGCUAGCCCUGUGAACCCAACCAGUCCGAUCGUUCCAACUGUCCCUACCGUCCCUACCGUCCCUGCCACUCCAGCCAACCCGACCAGCCCUACCAGCCCUACCAGCCCACCACCCAAUCCGGUUAGCCCAACGGCAAAAGAGACGGCCAUCCCACCACCCAACAUAGUGAGCUCAACAAACCUGACCAACACAGAGGCCAAUGUCUAGACCAGGCAGAACCCUCAUGGAGAACGUGUAGUCAACGGCGAACAUUACAAAGGACUUCCAAGAUUUUAAUUGAUUCACCUACCUCCAGGGGCAAUAUCUGAUCAAACCGGAUUUUAAAAUCAUGUUUAAUUUUUCUGCAUUUGUAAAACCAACCUGUUAAUGUCUUUUUAUUGGUAUGCAUUACAAAUACAAAUAUCAAAGACUGUUAGUGUUCACAAAAACUACCGUAAUCUGAGUAAAAAAUAUGUAAACAAACUGUGUAAUACUGUGAGAAAAGAAAACAACUAUU